AUGUCAUUAUAUAAAUUGAUUUCUCCCAAGAGUUUUGCUGAGCUUCUAAAAAAGGAGACAGCCCGGCGGGUGAUCCCAGUUGACUCUACUUGGUAUCUACCAAAUAGUGGCAAGGACGGUCGUAAGGAGUUUUGUGAGGUGGAGAGAAUUCCCAACUCAAUCUACUUUGAUAUUGAUGCAAUCAAAGACGUAGAGUCCCCAUACCCACAUAUGUUGCCGUCGUUGAAAGUUUUCAAUGAAUCGAUGAGUGAGCUAGGUGUCAAGAAAAGCGACAUUCUAGUGGUCUACGAUAGAGUUGGAAAUUUCAGCGCUCCACGUUGCGCGUGGACCUUAGGAGUAUUUGGCCACAGUCCUGUGUAUCUGUUGAACAACUACAUCACUUAUAAGAAUGAGGGAUAUCCGAUUGAUCAGUCUAUAAAGACAAAGUUUACUGAGUAUGCCCCCACAGAGUAUGUGUCUAAUACAGACUUCACACCCCAACAAGUGAUUAGCUACGAUCAAAUGUUGGAUAUGGUGAAAAACGGAGAGCUAGCCAAAAAGUACAAUGUUUUCGACGCUAGGGCAUUGCCAAGGUUUCUGGGUGAGGCUCAAGAGCCUAGGCCGGGCUUACCAUCUGGACAUAUUCCUGGCGCUCAACCAAUGCCUUUCAAUGAAAUGCUCAAUAGCGGGCUUUUUGAGGGAAGCGAAAAAGAGAUGAAAGCUAAAUUAGAUGCGUACGUUAGCAAAUCUGGUGUGAAGUUCGAUCCAUCUAAGCCUACAAUCACAAUGUGCGGUACGGGAGUUUCUGGUGUAAUUAUCAAGACAGCUUUAGAGCUUGCCGGUGAAAAAAAUCUCAAGCUCUAUGACGGCUCAUGGACCGAAUGGGCUCUUAGAGCGAACCCAGAGUAUAUUGUAAAGGGUAGUUAA